CACACGUAACUCCAGACUGAAAUGGAGUGCAAGGACUCAGACGAGCCCAAAAUGGAGAUGGACAAUACUACUCAAGAUCCAUCAGCUUGGGCACAAAAGCAAAGUGAUGAGACAUCUAGGUUUAAUUUGAGAUGUACCACACACCCCUACCUGGCUGUUGCCAUAUUAUGUUUUAUUAAUCUCAUAAACUACAUGGACCGCUUUACAAUUGCAGGAGUACUACAUAACAUACAGAAAGACUUUGAGAUUAGUGACAGCACUUCAGGGCUGCUUCAGACAGUUUUCAUUUGCAGUUUCCUACUGCUAGCUCCUUUGUUUGGCUACCUUGGGGACCGUUAUAACAGGAAAGUGACAAUGAGUGUGGGAAUAAUUAUCUGGACGAGUGUGACAUUUGGAAGUUCCUUCGUCUCAAAAUCACAAUUCUGGCUUCUACUUGUUACACGAGGCCUGGUUGGUAUAGGCGAAACAUGCUUCUCCACAAUUGCUCCAACCAUCAUUGGAGAUCUGUUUGCAAGUGGCAAGAGAACUAGAGUGUUAUCAAUAUUCUAUCUUUUCAUCCCAGUUGGAAGUGGAAUGGGAUUUGUCCUGGGUGCUGGGAUGCAGCGACUAACAGGAGACUGGCACUGGGCAUUCCGGGUAACCCCUUGUUUAGGAGGUAUUGGCCUAAUAUUACUGUGUAUCUUUGUACCUGACCCAAAAAGAGGAGCAUCCGAACAUUUUCAGACAGUAUCAAAAACAUCAUGGAGUCAAGACAUCAAAUAUCUCUUCUCAAACCAUAGCUUCCUCUUGUCAACAAUGGGAGUAACAACCAUGGCCUUUGUUGCUGGUGCAUUAGGAUUCUGGAUGCCUUUAUUCUUGUUCCGAGCACAAGUGGCACAGGGUGCACGGGAAGACUGCCUUGAUCAGGCCUGUAGUACUAAAGAGAGUUUGAUAUUUGGAGCUCUGACAGUUGCAACAGGAGUCAUUGGAGUGAUUGCUGGGGCAGAGAUCGCUCGGAGAUACAAGAAGAACCCACACGCUGAUCCCACGAUCUGUGCAAUUGCACUGCUCAUCACUGCACCCUCUUUGUUCUUUGCUAUUGUGCUGGCCCAAACAAGCAUAGCAGCAAGUUACGUUUUUAUUACCAUUGGAGAAAUAUUUCUGUCAUUUAAUUGGGCAAUUGUAGCAGACAUGCUGCUGUAUGUGGUUAUCCCAACACGUCGUUCAACAGCUGAAGCAUUUCAGAUUACCGUGGGCCACCUUCUUGGAGAUGCAGGAAGUCCAUACCUUGUAGGAAUUGUCUCAGAUGCAAUAAAAUCUGGGAAACCAGACACAAAUGUAUGGAAGUUCCGCAGCUUGAAAUACAGUUUUACAAUCUGUACUUUUGUAGCAGUUUUAGGAGGAGUAUUCUUUUUGCUGACUAUACGUUACAUCAAAGAUGACAAAGAGAAAGCACAGCAGAUCAUAAAAGGUGAUGAGAAAAAAGGUGAUAUACCUGGAUGAGACAAUACUUUCACUUCAACAAUAGUUUGCGCAGUGGGUGAAUAAUCAAGAAUUCCAAAAAAAACUCAAAAAAAUCAUUGGACUAUGCUUUUCUGAAGUGAGAAUGAACAACAUAGUUUUAGGGAGAGAGUCCAUACAGAAAACAAUAUCAACAGCACCAUUUCCGUGCACCAGCCUAUGUGACGCUUUUAUGCUUAAAAUGUGUCACCUAAUUAAAGACUUUUUAACUCUCUCAA